AUGACGAAUAUUUUUUUUUACGAGGUCGAGUUUAUCCAAGACAAAGGUACUUAUAUAGUCAAUAAAGAAGACUUACUGAAAGCUUUAGAAGGCUUCAUUGUGGCUUUUCUAGUGGCUAUUAUUCUCUAUUUACGAAUGGAAGCUGACGGGGAAGCUGUUCAGGGCCCUAAUUGUGCCGUAGAUUUUGCAAAUGCUCUGAAAGACUUCAUUGCAGGCGAAUUCGAUGAGGAAAAAGCAUCAGAUCCAUUUGAUAUUGUACGUGAAUUCCGUUCAAUUGCUGCCAAAUGUGCAAUUGCAGUGACAGAUAAGCGAACGGAAACUUUUAGAGAUUGGGAACUUGAGGUUAAGCUCUGGCAUCUGUUUGAAAUACUGCUCAGCUUUAGGACCGCUGAUCAGGAGUUGGAAAGCAUGGAUGUGAGGCAUUUCAACUCCAGCGCAGUGUUUGAGAAGCAGUUGUUGCAUGAAAACAGAGAACUUUAUCAAAUCUGGUUGAUUAUGGUAUGGAUUCAAACCAAUAUGACACCGCCUAGCAGGCCUUCCGGCCUUCCCACCACCAAAUGGUCCAACACGAUGAUGUCUGGUGGAUUGAAAAGCUGCGAUUUGGAUUACCCUUUGCGAAAUGAGCUGGCACAGCUUGAUCCGAAAGAUAAGGAAGAAGAUUGUAUUUUCUUCAAGUACGUUUAUGAGCUGCUGAUUGCAGGUAAGAUUGAAGAGGCGCUAGAAGAGUGCAAACUUUCCGAUAAUUUGACCAUCAGCAUGAUUUUAUGCGGAAUGCAGGUUUAUGUAGACCCCAGGAUCGACACUCAGGUUAGCGAUGAUUUUGAAAGCCGACAAGGAAUUAAAAAACAUGCGCUGUGGAGAAGAACUGUGUACAGCCUGUCCAGGGAUCCGAAGCUUAAUCAAUAUGAAAGAGCAAUCUAUUGCUUCCUCGCAGGAGAUAUACCGCCCGAAGGGGUUACUGAUACCGCUGGCUGGGAUUCCGGGCUGUUGCUUUAUUUGAAUCAAAUACUGCAGAUCGAGGUGGAGAAUUACUUGAAAAGCCAGAAUAAGAUAUCAAAAGACGAAUUGAUUCUCUUAAUUCCAUCUCAUGCAUUGGAUCUUCAGACUGUUUUGAAUCUGCUGUCCUCUAGGUACCCGGCGGAAAGCGAGCAUCCAAUCCGUGUGUUGAUGGGUGGGAUCAUUUUAGAUACUCUCCAGUCAGUCCUGCACUCCGCCGUGAAGCUUCUUCUACAAAUGAUCCAAGGGCAAACGACAGAAAAUGAUAUGGCCGAUAAACCAUAUCUACUGAGGAUCGUCACGCAUAUGAGCAUCGUUCUUGACCUCGUGAGCCCUGGGAUAAUCACACCAAGGGACAAGUCUAAGUUAAUUACUGCUUACCUCAGCAUCAUGAAGUUGCACAACCUUUACGAGGUUAUCCCUGUUUACAUUAGUUUCCUGGAAGAGGAGGACGUUAUAGAGGCAUAUUCUUUCAUCUUAUCAACUUUAGAGGACCAAAAUGUGAGAGCAGAGCAGCUGGAAAUCUCGAAUUUCCUAAGAUUACCAACGUCAAACAUUUUGAGAAAGACAACAGAACGGGUCUUCGCUGAGACAGAACCAGACUACACUCCAAAGGGUGAGGUAACAGUUACAUAUGACAUAACGAGUGUUGAUAAACACUUGAUAUCCAGCGUGGAAUGGUUAUUGCAAGGUAGACUUUAUAUCGAUGCAGUGGAUUCUGUCAUUGCUUUGUCGAGGAGGUUUUUGAUAACUGGAAAGAUCAAAUCGCUCGAAUAUUUCAUGAAUCACAACUCUCUGGAUGAUCUGCUUAAAAACUAUAAACUGGAUAUGCUGUCUCAAAGAAGUGGAAGCGAUGAUAAUGACGUUAAAAUGAAGGAGAUUCAAGAAUACCAACGGCUGAUUGCCGAAUUAAAGAAAUUUGAUGAAUGGAGGAAAACCGUUAGUCAACUAAACUCCGAAUCGAAUGUGCCAUCUCUGAUAGAAAGAUUUCAAGAAUAUUCCAAGGGAACAUUCGAACUUAUCAGAAGCUUCUUUGUUGAGCUUUAUGAACAAGAGGAUCAUCCUGAUAGGAACAUAUAUUUCGAGAUAAGGUCGUUGUACACGCCAUAUCUUAUCAUUGAGUUGCAUAAAGAACUGGUAGAAGCUGCAUUACUCCUUAAAAUCCCAACGUUCAUUCGAGAAGCUCUCAAGUUUGCCAAUCUGGUGGCUAACGAAACAGACAAGAUUUACCUGUUAUUCCAAUCCAGCGGAAAGCUUCAAGAAUAUCUGAAGCUUGUGGCGCAAACAGCAACUUUAUCAGGCGACAGCUCUUUAUAG